AUAUAGCGCGAAUUAAAAACCUCACGAAUCCAUAUUACUGCCUCUCUUCUCUUUCAACGCUUUUUCCCUUUCAUGGACGCAUCCUUCGCGCAGAAGCGACAGCUGGACUCCACCACAGCAGAUACUUCCACUGUUUCCACUCCCACCAAGCGCCGCCACCAAUUACAGUCUUCCUCUGCAACUCCGCCAUCCAAUACCUUCCGUACACCACCGCCGCCUCCUUUUCUGAAGCUCGCUCCUGGUGAAGCCUUUUUCCGUAUCCUAUGUCCGGCGGAAAAAACUGGUGGCGUCAUUGGCAAAGGCGGCGUCAUCAUCCGCCAAGUCCGAGAGGAGACCGGAGCCAAAAUUCGCAUUGACGAUUCACUUCCCGGCUGCGAUGAGCGCGUUAUUGUUAUAAUAGCCGACUCGACGAAGAAAGAGUGCAGCUCGGCUGCUAAUUCCAGUGUCGAAGAAUUAGCAAAUUUGGACGACGAGUCAUCGUCAUCGCAGGCUCAGCGGGCGUUGAUUAGAGUUUUCGAGAGGAUAUUGAAGGUGGACGAGGAGCGGAACGCGGAAGGGGAGGGGAGGAAGGAUGAAUGUAGCGAUGUGUGGGGUCCACAGGGAGUGGUUAUUUGUAGGCUGUUAGCACCGAGUAAUCAGGUUGGCAGCGUGCUUGGCAGAGGGGGGAAGAUUAUUGAGAAGAUAAGACUGGAGGCUGGAGCUCAAGUUAGGGUUUUGCCUAAAGAUCAGUUGCCUGCUUGUGCUUCACCUGGUGACGAGUUAAUUCAGAUAACUGGAAGCUUUUCAGCUGUGAGAAAAGCUCUUUUGUCUGUUUCAAGUUGUCUUCAGGAUAACUCGAGGAUAGAUUCAGUAAAUGCCUCUACCCCAAAAUUUUCAGGAAUGUCACAAACUGGAACUGGUUAUCACACUCCAGAUCAGUUUUCAAGGAGUUCUGGUGUUGAAAGUGCUGGAAUCAACCACAGGAUGAUCUUGGAGGAAGAGAUCGUGUUUAAGGUGUUGUGUCCGGUUGACAAAGUUGGAAACUUGAUAGGAAAAGGAGGCUCAAUUAUAAGGGUGAUGCAGAAUGAAACUGGUGCAUCUAUCAAGAUUGCUGAUUCAGCAUCUGAUUUAGAUGAAAGAGUUGUUGUGAUAUCUGCAAGGGAGAACCCCGAGCAAAGACAUUCCCCUGCUCAGGAAGCUCUUAUUCGUGUACAGGCCAGAAUUGCUGAGAUUGGAUUUGAACCAGGAGCUGCAGUUGUUUCAAGGCUUCUGGUACAUGCACGUCACAUGAGUUGUCUCUUUGGUAAUGGAAGUAUUCUAAUUGCUGAAUUGCGACGACUCACUGGUGCUAGUAUACGUAUUUUUCCUAGAGAACAUUCUCCAAAAUAUGGUUCCCACACUGAAGAAGUUUUACAGGUUAUUGGGAGCAUGCACUCUGUCCAGGAUGCUUUGUUCCAAAUUACUUGUAGGAUUCGUGAUACAAUGUUUCCUAUGAAGCCACAUAUUUCAAAUAUUGCCCCUUCACAUUUUCCCUCCUAUUCUGAAAUUCCAUCCCCAUCAUUCAGGCCAAGGCACGAUCCUGCUUCUCCUAGUUACCGCUCACCUGCUGGCUACCCUCAUGACCGUGAUGUUUAUUCAGAUCGUGCUCCCCGUUUCCAUGGCUAUGAGAGACAAGGACAUGUUCCAUUUUUUGAUAGACCUCCUUCACCUGGAAGAUGGGGUCCUCAGGCAGUCAAUUCUAGAUAUACAGCUGGAGUGGCUGAUUUAAGUGGAAGCUUUGCCUUGAAGAAUGGUCAGAGUGGCAGUGAGACGGCAACACCUAAUUUGCCAGGCAUUGUUAUUGAAGUGGUAAUUCCUCAGAUGUUGUUAAAACAUGUUUAUGGAGAGGAUUCUAGCAACCUUAGUGAUAUAAAAAGGAUUUCAGGUGCUAAGAUAGUAGUUCAUGAUCCUGUAGCCGCCGGUUCUACAGAAGGCACUGUUGUUGUGUCGGGGACACCAGAUCAAGCACGAGCUGCUCAGAGCCUUAUUCAUGCCUUCAUUUUAUCUGAGCAGAAUAUGUAGAACUUCCUUCUUUAUUCAUCUUCCUAGAGGUAACCUAUGUGGUGGUUCAAUUCAGUUGACACGUAUUUGUGAUCGUAAAAUAAGUGUAAAUAAUUCUCAGAACCUGUGGGCAAGACAUAAGGUAUGUGAGAAUUUUCUCUCGAGGGGCUAAAGAGAGAAAGCCUUAAUGAAGUGGAAAGAAAGAGAAUAUAGAAAAAGAUGCUUUGGGAAGGAAAAAAGUUAGCUGUCUUUUCCAUCAUAUUUGGAUAUUGGAGUAUUUUGCAGGCAAAACCUGUGCAAGUCUACAUAGGAAACGACGAGCACAUGAAUUUAUCAGUUCAUAUGAUUCUUGUAGCAUGUGGAGCUCUAUCAUGUGGGUCUGUAAGAAACACAAGACGUAGAUGUACCCUUCUAUUAGUUUUAAAUCCUUGUGAUUUCCUUUCGCUUGAUAAAUAGGUAGUAAAAAAUGUUGAGUCUUUACAUGUUGCUAACACUCUGUUGAGCGUCGAAUUGCUUGGACACUUAUCAUAUGCGUGAACAAUCAUAGAAUUGUAUAUUGUUUAUUAGUAUUAGAGUAGACAUUUAUUGAACUGUUCGGUUACUUUAAUGUGACCAAAAAAAGAUUUGUGCCUCUACUGUUGUAAUGGAUAUAGCCUGGUUAUGUUAA